AUGUUUACCUCCCAAACCUCGUCGUUCCAAGAGUCAAUUGACGUGGAAGAGAAAGAUGACUUCGACAGCGAAGAAAUUGCUGGAUACAGCCAGAAAACUCAGCUGAAUUGUUACUACACCAUCUAUCUUUAUCAAGGCACAAGCCUCACACUGAUUGACAGCAGCCUGCCGUCGGAGGCAGAACCAGAGCUGCGGACCUAUAUUUCAAGAAGGCUGAGCAAAGGGGCCCUUCUUGGAGGCAUGGGCAACAUUGCCACUGUGGAACUCAGUAUUCCAGAGCAGGCGGUUGGCUGUUACUGCUGUCUCCUGGAGCAGGAGAGGUCUCCCGAGCAGCCGGACGCUGAUGGAAAUGGAUACGUCAUCUGCUUCAUGGGGGGAAUAGAGCUCGAUAAGUACGUCCAGGGCCUGCAUAGUAGUCUGCAAACCCCACAGCUGCAGAACCUGGAGACAGAGGUGCGUCCCUACCUGAGCCGGUGGUACGAGGAGUCUGUAAUGCACAUUCAUCGAGUGGUGCAGCUGGUCCAGAACAACAUCAGCUUCCUGCUGCAUGCAGCUCUGAGUCACACACACGUGGAGGUCAUCAAUUCAGAUGAGAGGACAAAGGCUGAUGUUUCCAGGUUCAUCAAAGCGGCGAGUUUGCAGGGCCUGUCCCAACAGGAGCAGACAGCAGCAUCUCUGUGCAAAGCCAUGUCGGAGGACACGCUGUCUGAUCUGACCAUAGACUGCUCCACCAGCCCCCCCACACUCAGCAACACCGUCAGCAACCGUUUCUGCGACGGCUGGAUUCAGGCUUUCCUGAACGCCGCCGAGCGAUGCAACCCCUUCCUGCUCCGGCAGAUCCUGGAGAACUUCAAACUGAAGGCCAUCCAUGACAUGAACAGCCUGAAGCGCUUUGUGCGGCAGGCAGAGAUGAGCCACUACGCCCUCUUUCGCUGCUGCCAGUUCCUGCAGGGCUGCGGAAACGGGGACGUGUUGCUGCAGAACGCCAGGGCCGAGCACAGCGACCUGCCCGAGGCCUGCAGCAUCAUCACCGUCCUGGAGGAGUUCCUCAGCGAGCAGGCCCCGGCCGAGAGCCAGGCCUGACUCCAUCACUGCAACACAGCCUCUUUGGUGAGGAAGUCCAUCUAGACCAACACUAAAACCUAUCCAAGGCUUGAAAUUGCUAAGUUAAAAAAAGCUAACUAAAUAAUACAUGUAACAAAUGCUAAUUCUGAACCAUAAAUUAAAUACUACAUUGAGCUAAUGUUGCUCAAAUAUGGAAUACAUAAUGAACUGUAUGUAACACCUUGGAAUCACUUGAUGGUUCAGAAAUAUUAUCACAUAGACUUUAUCUUUUCUUCUGUGUGUUUAUGUUCUUAAAAGCCAAAUAGUCGUUCUGUUAUUGCUGACAAUGCUCACAGCAAAGAACUGAUCCAAAUCAGAGCUUCUGUUUAUUUUAAUAGGAAUGUCAUAUUUGACCUAUUUCAUGUUUAAAUGGUCCCCUCUGCUUGUCCUGCACAUUAUUUAAGUUUUCUUAUGUGAAGAAUGCACAGAUCCCUUUCCUGUGUAACUCUGGAUGCUUGUUUUUGCUCCCUCUUCAGCUCUGUAUCUGCACUGUGUGACCAUAUUGUGGGUUGUUUGAUUGAUGUCUGAUUAUUCCUACGGCUAUUCUACUACUGUGAAUACUGCAACGUAUAUAUUCUUUAACUUUUCAAAUAUAUUUUUUAACAUGAAUUAAUUCCAGCUCUGGACUGAAUAUGAUCAGAACAUGAACUACACGAUGCUCUCACUACAUUUACCCGCCGCGUUGUUUAUCACCUACUAAAUUAAAAUGCUAGGAUUUUUUUUUUUUUUAAAUGAAGUUGAUAUAAGCUCAGAGUAGACAUUAAUUUAUUAAUUUAUUACCUUUUCCCCAAAGCAAUAGUUCUCUUUUUCAUUCCAUAAAACCCCUAAAUGGUUUAAAAAUGAGCUCAAAUCAUUCCAUUGAAAUUUAAUCCAAAGUAUAUAACAGAGCAAUAUCAGUGUUUAUGGUG